AUGCCAGCCGUGAUCGACAAAUCCUUCUCUGGCGUUCUUGGUAGUGUCUAUGGCAUUAUGUCUGGUGCAUGCAAUGCGCAAUAUCAGUGCAACAUUACUGUGGCCGGUUCGAUUUCGAAUCUUCUUGUUGAUGGCAACAACUACACUACGAGCAGCAGUGUGGCAGCAUGGUGCGAUGGUGGACGCUGCUACGGUGCUGCCAAUGCGCCACUGACAGCGACGGCUCCAUUCGUUAUCACUUGUGAUCAGCUUAGCGGUACGCAAGCUUGCUCUGCAACGAUUUCAGGCGCCGCAAAUGCUAUCUUCACAAAUGGAAAGUCACUUGAAUUCUGGGGCUGGCUUACACCCGCCGGAUACUGCCAAAAUGGCGUAUACACUGUGUCUAUCAAAGCCGUUGGCGACCCGAUGUACUAA